UUGGGAGACAAGACUCUAGUGGAUUUUGUCAACUGGAAGAAAGAAAAACUUACACAUCAUAAGGAGAACUGUAUUGAAGUAUAUGCAUCACUUGGGUACUGGAUUAGUGCUCCAUGUUCUCAGAAAAAAGGGUAUAGGAUAUAUUUGUAAAAAACCAAAGAUUAUUGAUGCUGGACUUACUGAAAAACAACCAAAGAAUAAAGGAGAAAAAAUGGAUAAAGGUGUUCUUACAUCUUCCACCAGCAUCCAUUGGUUCGCAGGUGUUCUGGUCCUUAUUCUAGUAGGAACUGGAUGUGCAAUAUGUUUCUACUUCAAGAAAAAAAGGCAAAAACAACAAGCUAUUGCAACUGAAAUGAGUAACAUACAAGGACAUGUGGAUUACCAUGAGUGAGGUGAACACAGUCAUUCACAGUGAAAAAAAAUGACUGGAUAAUAUAUGACAAAUGUUAAUAAAAUUAAAGCAACUGGAAGAAAUUAAAUCAUAGACCAGCAUUACUUUCUGUUACCAACUUAGUAAUAUUUUUAUUGUAUGUAUGUAUGUUUGCAAGGUAUACACAAUAUAAUGGAUACUGAUUAUUCAUUUUAUAGUUGUGCAACACUUCUAAGAGUCAGUUAAAUUAAAAUAUAUAGUGUAAGCUAUUUAUGAAGUAGGCAAAUGCAUAGUAUUUAACUAUUUAAAACACAGCAUUCACUAACAUUCCAGAUUUUACAGAGGUCUGAGCUGCUAUCACUCAGGAAGGGCAUUCUGGUUAUGCAAAUCGUGAGAAUUUGCCCUGAAAAGUAUCCAUCCAGCUCCACUCCAGAGAUCUUAACACAGUUUUACAGCCAGGGCUGCAUGUAAUCUCUGCAUUUAAAAGAUUAUGGGGGAAAUGUUUGCCCCAGUGAACUCAGUGGGAAAACUGCCAUGGAUUCCAGUUACUUAAGAUUUUAUCCUGCUUAUCUGUUUCAGUCAGAAUAACCUUGGGAGAGCUAUAUCCAUAUGUUGAUAAAAUUCAAUAGAAAAAGAUUUAUAGAUUUUUCAGUAUAUCAGUUCAGAACUACAGUGUGUCUGUAAUGUGUAGAGACAGAACAUUAAAAAAAUUCCAGCUUCACAAUUUUAGAUUUACAGAAAUCUGAUGAUAAAAACAUAGAACUUCUGUCCCUUGUCAGUUACAAAAUUUACAUUUGGCUUAAUAUAUUGGUAAGAAGAACAGUUUCCUUUCUUUUGUGCUAUCAACUUCAGUUUCAUUAACUAAAUAACACUGGAAAUUUUUCUACAGUCUUCUAUUUUUUUAUAAUAUUCUGCAAAUACAAAUAUUUUCCUAUAAAAUUCAAAUCAGCAGUAAAAAUAAGUUAAGAAAGUGAUGUGUUCUUUACACAAUCCUAUUUAAGUAAUGAUGAAUUAAAUGGACUUUUUUGUGAUCUAGCUAAGCAUUUAUUUGUGGCUAUGACCUGGCUUUGGCUUCUAGCUUUCUAAAUUAGAGAAAUAAAAGAGAUAUAAAAUGAUA